UAACAAAAGAGCAAGAGUAAAACAGAGAGAAAAAAACAAGAAGAAAAAUAAAUGGCAGGUCAUGGAUCAUCUUGUGGAGCAUGCAAGUUCCUAAGGAGGAAAUGCAACAUCGAUUGCGUCUUCUCGCCUUACUUCAGCUACGAGCAAGCCUCAUCUCAUUUCGCAGCUGUCCACAAAGUCUUCGGCGCAAGUAAUGUCUCAAAGCAUUUGCUUAGUUUGCCUCUACAUCAAAGAAGUGCCGCUGCGAUCACUAUCUCCUACGAGGCUCUCUCUCGCAAGUGUGAUCCUGUUUAUGGCUGCGUCGCUCACAUCUUCGCUCUUCAGCAACAGGUCAUGACUUUGCAAGAGGAGAUAGAGUUUCUAGGGACCCAUAUGGCGAACUUAUCCAACACUACUCAGAGCAGGUCACAACCUACUGACAUGCCCGAGUUUCUGAAUCAGAUGACCAUGGACACGACGACAGGUUUCAUCGACGAGACUGUUUUGAACAACGACGUUGGAAGAAACUGCAUUGAAGGGUUCUUCACGAAUCCGGAGGGAGUGCUCGUGAAUCAUCCAUGGUUUCAGAACAUGGAUCACUACUACUACGCACCACAACAUCAGAUGUGAACUAAAAUGUGAUCAAUCAUUUAUAAAAUCCUGCGCCGUUUUUAACAGAUGGCAUGAUAAUCGGAAGUCUCUUAUAUUUUGGUCGCGUUAUAGAUUGUAUGCAUGCAGUAUUUUAAGGGUUGUGUAGAUCUUUGAUUCCAGUUACAAUUCGAUUAUAAGAAAAAUAUAUGCAUUUAGGUAAUGUCACUUUCUAAGUCAAUGGUAUGAAGUUAGUGUUUCAUGUGGGUCUUUGUAGAAUGUUUGUUUAGCAUUCGUCGGUUAAGUUCUAAUUAAUGUAAUAUAUCAAUUAUAAGUAUA